CCUUGGAAUAAGGCCCAAAACUGGGUUCGAUCUCUUGGAUAGCAGUUUUAGGGCGUAAAGUAGUCAUAAGGAGCUUGAUACGAGGUUCUAACCCAAAUGCAGCAUCAACGGGGAUGGCUGGGUGGUGACACCGCCAAACCGAGGGAGCUCAAGUCUCUCCUUCCACGAGGAUCCAGUGGUCUCGCUCCAGAAGAUGACAACCGGCUCCUCUGACAUUGUGACCAUAUUUGGUAUUGAAAAGGGCGGAGCCAUGAACCUGUUGUACAGGAAGAGUAGGGUGGAGUGGAAGCAGAAAGAGGAGGAGCCAAAGAAAAGCUCGGGUAAGGUACGAGACAUGACCUCGUUCCGUCGGCACUUUCGUAUGGGCUUUAUGACAAUGCCUGCCUCACAGGAGAGAGAGCCCUUACCAUGUGCCAAUGCUCUGGCACCCAGAUCCCUCUCCUGCCACUCGGUGGGAAGUGCUCCUGAUGACAGCGGCAGUGAAGUUGGACCACCGGGCAGGAGACCUCCAGCCAAACCGAAGAGAAAUCCCAGUACGAAACUCAGCCUGGGUGCAGAUGGAAACCAACGCGAGGAGCGCAAGAUCCGAAAGGAAGGGUCCCUAAAAAGUGCCUCUGAUUGUCGCCGAAUGCCCCCUCAGAAGCCUCAACGAAGCCCUCACACGCACCUGUCUGCUUCCUUUGAUGAGACCUACAUCCCUCGCCCUGCUUCCUCAUCUGCUGCGUUCCCUCCAACAACCCGACCCUCUUCUCCCUCACCCGAGGAACCUGUCUACAUAGAAAUGGUGGGCAACGCCUCUCGGCAGAGGCCUCCUCCGCCUCCCACUCCAGCUCCCCCCGAGGAAGAAUCAGAUGGUGAAGAGGAGGCCAUCUACGAGGAAAUGAAAUAUCCGCACCAGGAUGAGCAGCCAUCCCAACAGCGGCAUCCACAGCGACGUCGCCUUCCCCCUCCCAGGACUCCAGAAGUGGACAUUCCACCACCGUUUCCAAACCUGUUGCAGCAUCGCCCAGCACUACUAGGAGCUCCCACCGGGAAGGGGCACAAGACUCCAAAACCUGCACCUCCCAUCACAUCAAAGCUGCCCAUCCCACACAAAGAGCUGCCACAUGCAGCUUCCUUGGCUUCCAUUCAUCUGCCUCCAUCUGGUCGCGCACGUAGUCACUCGACUCCUCUUCCUCCUCAUACAUCUGCUCAGCGCAGGCCAGACUCCGAAACUCCAAGUUCUCGAGGGUCGGGAUGCCUUCAGGAGAAAGGGGCUUCAAUGUUGCCUAUUCCUCAUGGGCAUACACGGGACAAAGCCCUCUCAUACACCAUGGUCUACUCUUCUGUUAAAGUCACUCAUUCCCUGCUUCCAGCCGCUCAGGUGGAAGAGAAGACUGAGCGGGAGAUCUCAGUAUUGGCCGGUCUGAUCUGCCCGACGUCUCGUGUGGCUGGGACACAAUUGCCCAGCCGUCCGCCAUCAGCGCAUCUCCACCAGGGGCAGAGGGAGCAGGCUUCUCCCACAGUGUGGACGUAUCCUGCUGGCAGGAGGCCGCCAGCUUAUGAGAACAGUGUAAAGAGAGGCUCGGCAGGAGUCCAGGCCACGGAACCACGAGGAAGAACCCCGGCGGAGGAAGACGCAGCGGGGAAUGUUUGGGAGUUACAGAGACGGAUGUCGUGUGGCAGGAGAAGUCAGACCGGGGAACCCCUGGCAGACGUCUCCCGGGUGUGGAACGGGACUCCUGGUCGGCCAGAGAAGGGAAGCCACACACCAGUGGGGUCAGGGAUUCCCGUGCGGAGCCAACAGAGCCUGGACAGUGCGAUCAUGCGCGGCCGGGCAAGUGUCCCUGUGCCAUGCCAGACCUUCCCAGCGUGCCACAGAAACACAGAAUUUGGUGGAGGUUACCGCCUCGGUCGCUCUGCGUCCACCUCCGGGGUGCGUCAAACAUCCACCCAGAGGCAAAGCCAGGCUGUGCUUCCUCCAUCUACACCGGUGCCCACCAGUAGCCGAGAACGCGACGGGAAAUUGCAGGAGGUCAUUGAGAGAAAGCGCUUCCUUUGCCAUGAGAUCAAGUCGCGGCAGCCCAGGGCGGAACGGGGAUUGUGCAAGCAGGAGAGCCUGCCCAUCCUGCCCAGCUGGCGUCGCGGCUCUGAGGGACGCAAAGGGGGCACUCCGCCAUGCCACCGACAGCAGGCUGUGCUGUGGGACACUGCCAUCUAAGGUUAUCUGCCCCUACCCUCCUCCCAGGGACGCUGGACGAAACCCUGAGGCUAAAGAGGGCCAGGCAGAAGAUAAGCUGCACAGGCGUUAAGGUGCUUCAUAGGGGAAAGGGGCAAUUGUUAGGGGUACAUACAUACUGCGGGGAGUGAAAGAUGUCCUACAAGGACAAUAGGGAGGUGGGGGAGGGGUACUAUAUUGUAGAGCCUGAGAUACCAAGGAACUGGUAAGGUUCUGCAGGAAAUUAGAGAAAUUAUACGUGAUGUGUGACCGUCUGCGUGAGGUGAGUGGUCCGCGGCAGACUUGGGAUCUUGUGUGUGGAGUCAACGUGAUGACGGUCAGCAGGUAAAAAACCUACAGAGUGUAGUAGAUACGGUGUCGCUGGCCAGCUGAGAGUAAGGGGACUGAGGGCAAACAUGGAGAAAGAAGGUGCUCUUCAAGAUGGUGACGGGACGGUCAUCGAUAGA